AUGUCUCAACGGCAGCUGUGCUAUCAGAAAGCCCAUCCAAGCAGGGAUGCGACUCCAGCUGCAGCCCUGGAACUCUUACAGGACUUACAGACUGAUCAACAGAAAGCUUGGCUGGGUAGCCUCCUAUUCCUUGCCACCUUGGUGAUCCCAUCCAAAGCAGGAUGCACUAUUGAAAACCGUGAGAGACUUCCAAACCAAAAGUAUGAUGAAUGCGUGGAUGCUAAUGGUGGCAAGCAUUUCCUCAACACUACCUGGAAGAAGGAGGAAUGUGCGUGGUGUUUCUGUGGCAAAACGGCAAUCACCGCUGUGGGCCCGGGGUACCGUCAGCAUUGCUGUCACAGAAUUUUGACACAACUCUUCUGUGAUUACCAGUGGGCCCGGGGUAGAAAAGAUAUUGCUAAGCCUGUGAAGUACGACAAAGAGAAGUGUUCCAAACAAUUCCAUCCAGAGAACUGCACCUAUAGUGUGGUGGAACGGACGACCCCAGGAAAGACCUGUCAAGUCAAGAGCUGGACAAUGUAA